AUGGAUGCUGAAAAAGUUUUUGAAGUGGGAGGAAAUGAUUGUAAUGCAUACUUUAAGUGGACCACAGAAAUGGAUGGUGUGAUGCUUGAAGUUCUUAGGGAGCAAAAGAGUAAGGGUCAAAAGGAAGAUAGAGCUUUUUCUGCUGAAGCAUAUAGGAAGGUGGUAGAGGAAAUUAAUGAUAAAUUUUCUUUGAACAUCAACAAAACCAAAGUGAUGAAUCGUCUCAAAACUCUUAAAGAACAAAUGGUGCUAUCAAAAGAAAUUGAGUUGAAAAGUGGAAUAGGAUGGAAUGAUUCUUUUAAAACAUUUGAGGCUCCUCUAGAGGUGUGGAAAUCUCUGAUAAAGGCCAAUCCAAGGUACAAAAAUAUCAAAGGAAAAUCCCUUCAUCACUUGGAGAUUCUCAGAGAGAUAUAUGAGAAAGAUGUAGCAACUGGAGCUCAAGCUGAGAGUGCUAGAGAAAAAGUACAAAGGUGGGAAAGGGAGGAGACUCAUAUUACUAUUGAUGAAAUUGAUGAGAUGCAAGCAAACAAUCAUGUUUAUUUGGAUAAGUUUUCUACCUUUGAUUUUGAAAGUGUGUCAUCAACACCGGGAUCACAAUUUGGAAUAUCAAAUCCUUUUGUACCUAAUGCUUCAGUUGCGAAAGGUAAAAAAAGAAAAGCACCAAUGACAAAUGAGUACUCAUCCCAAUUAAAUGAGGUGUCUUCGGCAAUGAAAGAUAUUGCACAAGCUAUUUUAAAUACAAACACUCAAGUUUGGAAGCCUGCAGAAAUAUAUGAAGCAGUAGCUAAAUUGGGUUUGGAGGUUGACAAACUUUUUGAAGCUGUUGAAUUACUAAAUGAACAUCCUAAUCUUAUUGGAGUUUUUUUUGGUUUCCCAGAAGAGCUACGCUUGCAAUGGUUAGCUAAAAAGUUAAGUUGGUGA